UUAUAAUCCGUUAAGUCGACUCGAAUGUACUUACUGUAAAGCAGGGUUGAGUUUCUACUUGAUCUCGAGCUACAAUAGAAGAAGCAAGUUCGCUAAGAGAAAAGGUGUGUGUUGGCGAGCCCUUGCAUAGAAGUGGUAAUCUUCCAUCAAACAAGUAACGGAUCGAAUAACGACUAGGCAUGUCGACAAGACAGCUGACGCGGCACAGGCGCUUAAACUUCGCGGGUCGCGUCAGUAGUUGCGCGAGCGUCUGGAGUUCUUUAGCGUUAGCCACUUUUCUUCUAGUUGGUGGCGAGAAAGAUGAUUGUGUCGGCACGAAGAAAGUAUACCAGAGAAUCCGCUGUUGAAAGGUCAAGUUCCAGUGUUGGCGACUACGAAGCUAGUAAGAUGAAAAAGAGAAAGGGAAGCAUUUUAUUGAAAAGAAUAGGGUAGGGCUAAGCAUAUUCCUUCAGCCUUCUUGGGGUAGAUAACAAUAAGUUGGAUAAGAGUAGGAAUUAGGGUAAGAGUAAUAAUUUCAUAAGAACAGGAGAGGCGAUAUAGAAUUUCUUAAUCAAACACAGAAUACAGUCAAAUAAUCAUUAAAGAACAUAGUUAUCAAUAAGAGAGAGAGGUUUCUUCUGUUCGAGUAGAGAGAAGAAUCUGUUUCAACAGAAUAAGUAGAAACAAGAUCAUAAGAUAGAUCUGGAUCUGGAUCCGUGAAAAAAGAAGCUGUUAGAGUAUAAAGUGGAGUUUGAGUUGAAUCAUAUAAAUAAUAUCAUUUGGAAUGCGAAGGAAGGUGGUCCGCGCUAAAGGAAGCUGCCUAACUAGUUGAAAGAGAAGGAUCUGAUUCUUUACUUGCUAAAACUAACUAACUGCGUAUAUAUAUGUGGCUUCUUUCUUUCUACUAAACUUGAUACUGCUUUGAGCAACCAUUACAAUAAAUGGGGACUUACUGUUCAACUUACAAUACUGUGGCACUAUCAGCAAUAGCAGAAGAAUAUGAUUGACACCAGACCACAUAUCAUAUUAUUGAAUAUCAUCUUACUUCCAAUAUGGUAUGCGAGACUCAACAAGCUUAGAAAUAGAAGUUUCGCGUUAGUAAGCCACCGCUGCUAUUACUUUGUCUUCUUGUUCCCUUGCUUGUUCCAUUGCUUGUUGAAUGUGCUAAAGAAGAAAACCUCACUCUAUACUAUAUCCUUCCUUUAUAUUAUACAAUUAUCUAAAGUCAAGUAUCCGACUCCUACAAUCUUUAUUAGCUAUUUGAUGAGUUGAACAUAGAAUAGUCUCAAAGUGGAUCAAAGGUCAAUAGUCCGUUUCGGAGCAACGUGUGAUGUUACUAUAUUCUAUAUUUAGUAAGAAUCUAGUUUCCCCUUCUAUAGCUGUUAUGUGUGAGGUAACUCUUUAUUAUGGAAUCUGGACACUUAAGAGUUCUGUUACUAAGUUAGAGAAUCAAUGUGUUUUUCUUAUCUACCUUAUUCUUCUUAUAUACCUUAUAUGUAAUAUAUUAACAACACUGCCCUUCUAAUUAACAACGGCGAACUCACGUUAAGUCUGCGUCGUUAGCACUACCGCUUUUAUGCCUCAACUCAAGAUGCUUACGUUUGUUUGCUAGCAGGGCUUAGUUCGUUUUUCUUUGAUGCUAUAGUUAGGAUCAUUUCUCUUUUCCGCUAUAGUUUUCAGGAGUGAACUACUGGAUUUUAGGUCGACGUGAAGUCAGCGAGUGUAGGACUUUUGACUUAUUCGUUAUUGUACAGGAGUAAUAGAAUGAUUCAUUUCUCUUACAUGCCUCAUUUACCAUAAAUUUCCCUCAUUUACAAUCCAAUUCUCCUAUUCAUUUUUGUUACAUGCCUUAUUUAGAAUCCCAUUUUCCUUUGAAUUACUCAUUAGAAUGGAAUAUUGCAUCGGAUACUAUUCUAGGAGAAGUUCGAAUCCGUUCCGUUCGGAUAUUGAUCGGUCUUGGUUUUACAUGGUUUACGUGUUACUGGUUUUCGGAAGAGUUCAUUUCUCCAUUAGCUAAACCCUUUCUGACCCUACCUUUGGACUCGUAUUUUGUUCGUACACAAUCAACGGAGGCCUCCCCGACAUAUGUUGCAACGUCUUCAAUAGCAUGCUCUUACUUCGUCUUUCCCUUAAUAAGUCAUCAAAUUUGGUGCUUUUCGAUCCCCAGUUGCUAUGGGGAACAAAGGACGAAAUACAAUCGAUUCCUCCAUUUAAGUGGUUCUCGCUUCUCCUUGUUCCUGUUCCUAACUCCUACCCGGGUAGUUCCCAAUGUUUGGCACUUUCCAUACAACGUGGGUGCAACAUCAACCAAUUUGCUCAUGAUCAAGUUACAACCUAAGAUCUAUGACCAUAUUAUGUUAACUGUUCGUAUUUUGUUCAUUCCAUCGGUAUGCUCCCAAGUACCUGUCAUUUUCAUCUGUUUGCCAAGGGGUCUUUCUGUAGAAACCUCAACUCGCAAUCGUCGUUUUUUGAUGGUUUUUCCGCUUAUCACAGCAGCUCUUUCCACACCUCCGGAUAUCUGGUGCCAAAUCGUCGCCCGUUUCCCUAUUUCUUCGAUAAUAGAGUUGGCUAUCUCUGUGGCAUUGAUUGUACAAGUUCGUGAAGAGGGCUGGACGAGUAGAAUGAGGGAAAGCAGCUCGAUCGACUCCAAAUAUAAGGAGUAGACCCUAGCACUACUGACAAAAGUAACCAUCAAUGAAUUCCCGAGCAAUUCUA